AACACGAAGCUUGCGAGUGCCGACUCGGGCAGCAAUCAAUAUACGGACAGGAGCGCUGAACGCUGAAUGCUGAUCGCUGUGCGUGUGAUGUGACGCCUUCGCCUCGCUAACCGAGCGACUUGGGCAGUGCGGUGCGCGAGUGCCACUUAGGUUAAGUCCAGGCGACGACAUCCUAGCAGACGAGGAUGCAGCCUCCACCGAGGAAGGGGAAUUAUGCAAAAUUUUUGAAGAACUUACACACUGAACAAAUAAAUAAAUUGCAAUUGAAGAACCAGAACGAAUGUGAACUUCUAGAAGACAUACGGAAUUUUAUUUUAAAGAAAUCAGCAAUAGAGAAAUCUUAUUCAGAAGCACUUUUAAAAAUAUCAUCAGCUUUUCUGAACAAGAAAAUUCCCAAUAUUCCUGAUAUAAAGACUGAAGGCUCCGAAGAAAAAUGGAACAUGUGGAACGUGUGGCGGACGGUGCUGGAAGAGAACGAGAAGUUGGCGCGUGCGCGUCUGGCCGCCGUCGAAGUCUCCUCGCAGCAGAUAGCUGAUGACGCCAAAGUCCUUCGCUCACUCAAAAUUCUCAGUUCAAAAAAGUGCAUUGACCAGCUAACAAUUGUUCAAAAAGAACUUCAAACAUGUGUUCAAGAUGUAGAUAAAACGAAAAAACUUUAUUUUGAUGAAGAGCAUUCAGCUCACGAUGUAAGAGAUAAAGCUAAGGAUAUUGAAGAAAAGUUAAAAAAGAAGAAGGGCUCCUUUUUCCAAUCAAUCACUUCUCUACAGAAAAAUAGUGCGAAGGUGACUUCAAAACGAGACGCACUAGAAGAGAAAUCAUCAGGUGCAAGAAACGAUUACCUUCUCAGUCUGGCGUCGGCCAACGCUCAUCAAACUCGUUAUUUCGUUACCGAUUUACAAAAUACCAUUAUUACAAUGGAAGCACUUGUUUAUGAAAAAGUAGCAGACUAUUUGACUCUAAUAGGAAGAACUGAACUUUUAACCUGUACAGCAACACAAACGUCUUUUAUAAGAAUAAGAGAUCAGGCUCAAAAGUUGAGCCGCGACUACAACUUGCAGUGCGUGUACCUGUACUACCCGGUGCUGAAGCAGCACAUCCAGUACGAGUUCGAGCCGUGCGAGAACGACUCAGUGGACAAAGUGACGGCCGACCACCCGUCGGCUGCGGCCACACUGGGUCGUGAGGCAAGGCGCUGGGCCACGCGCAUCAGUCGCGAGAACAACAAUAUUCAGGAGAGCACACGCAAGCUACUUGUCUUCCAACGUCUCAGGGAAUCCGGACAAAAGGUCGAUCCGAAUGACCAAAAUGGACCAGAUCUUGACACCAAAAUCGAUACAUUGAAGCAAACCAUCAGGAGAUCUGAGACUGCAAAAAUGAAAGCUGAGGCGAGGUUAGAAUGCGUUAGAGCAGGAGGAGUGAAUGUGGAUGAGUGGAUUCAAGAUAUCGAUAAUCUGAGCAUCCAAGACAUGCCCAGAUCUGCCAGCUCCAUGUCUGUGCGUACUGAUCUUUCUGGAAUGGGGGAACAACCUGGCUCUGACUCAAUGUAUGACAGCGAUUAUAACGAUGCAGCUUCUGAUAUUGGUGCUCCAGCUGACAUCCCCACCACCACAGAUCAAGAGCCUGAAAGGCCCGAUUCAGCAGAAGUUGAUGGUGAAUGGGCAAUGGUGGAACAAGAGCGACAACGAAUAGAGCAGCUGACGGCCGGCUGGGACGACCCGACCCAAGUGGACUGGGGUCCGGAGGAAGGGGCGGGGGAGCCAGGGGACGAGGAAGGGCAGGGGGCCCUCGACGAGGGGCAAGCCCAGGCCGCCACCGACACCGGACCAACCUACAAGUGCACCGCGCUUUACAAUUACACUGCUCAGAACCCGGACGAGCUGAGCAUAAUCGAGAACGAGCAGCUGGAAGUGGUGGGUGAGGGUGACGGGGAUGGGUGGCUACGCGCGCGCAACUACAAGGGAGAGGAGGGGUACGUGCCCCACAACUACCUGGACAUCGAGCAGGGGGAGGUGGGGGGAGGGGGCCUGGGCGGGGGAGGACCUUCCUCCUACCAGCUGACGUCACAGAUCUCCUUUUCGUCGGUCGACUACACUGUUGACGAAGUUGAAGAGCCGUCCGAACAGUCUGUGCAGCAGGACACUGUGCGCGAAGUGCACAAGCCGCAGCAACUGGAUCUCAGUUCUGGAGGAGAGAUGUUUUGCAUAGCUCUAUACGACUAUGAAGCGACAUGCGAAGAUGAGUUAACUUUCAACGAAGGUCAGAUAUUCAAAAUUUUAAGGAAAAUCGUUCACGACGAUGUGGACGACGGUUGGUGGGAGGGGCAGAUCGAUGAUCAGGUCGGAAUGUUCCCUUCGCUGGUAGUUGAAGAGUGCAGAGAAAAUGGAGAUCCAUUAACGCCUGAGGGCGACGACACUCCGCCCGGAUCGGCGCCGCCAGUGUUCACACCUCCAGACGUGCCAUCCUUCCUGCUCGCACCGCAGCAAGUCAUCAUCACACAACCCACUCCGCUUGGAGAGCAUAAUGCACUACCAGGAGACGACAGUGGAGGUUUCGCUAUGUCAAUGACAAAAGGACAACGGAAGCAAUAUGACACUCAAUUCGAUGACUCAGGAGAGAUUUCGAUCUCAGUGGAUCAACCAACUGAUGAUUGUCAAAUCAAUGUGGUGGUAGUGGAGCCAGGUGGAGAGGAGUGUGAGGGAGGACCGAGUGGACCGCCGCCAUCUCACCCGGCGCCGAGUCUCGGCGACGACUUCGGUCUGGGCGUGGCGCAGAUUGUGAUAACGGCGGCGACGCCCAUGACAGAGGAGCCCGAGAAGCCCUUCCCGCCUCCGCCGCCACCCGAGCCGGUCGAACCGGAACCGGAAGUGGAACCAGAACCCGAACCAGAACCGGAAGUACCGGAGGAACCAGUUCCGGCGCCACCGGAGCCCGAGGACCCGAUCGACGACCAGCCGACCGACUCGGCGCCGUUUCCGGUCAGCAGCAGCACCGGAAGUGAGGAGGACUCCUACACGGGACCCAGCACCGCCGAGAACUCGCAGAGUCAUCCCCCUGCUGGCACUGUCAAGAAGCCCAUCGAGCCACAGCGCACCGACAGCAUACCCGACGAGCUCGAGCCUCAUCAGCUGGCUCGACUUCAAGACCUCAAGGAGUCCGACGCCUGAGUUGCCACGCAUCACUGUUAGGCCAGUCACUAUCCUCAAGUUUUACCAUUGCUGCAUCGCUGCUAUGAGGUGUCUACAUGUAGGUUCUCCACCGUUACUAACUUUCAGGUUUCAUGACUGUAAAGCUAAAAAAUAUGGUUGCUCCACCGUUACUAACGUUCAAGUUUUGUGGCUGCACUGUUGAAAAUAUACUGUGAAACGUUACGAAAACCAAUGCUACUCCACCGUCACUAUUGUCCAGCUUCGUUGCUGUACAUUAGCAAAUGUUCUGUGAAACGUUACGAAACCCAUAUUUCCUACAUCGUCACUAAAGUUCAGGUUUCGUUGAUAUACCUACUUAAAGUCGAAAAUGUAUGUUAUGAAAACCAAACUUAUGUGAAACGUUAUGUAUAACCAUAGAGAAAACAUAGAAUAAGAAGAUACCCCAUGGUAUAGGGAGUUUAUGUUCCAAAUGUCACUGCUGUUAACUCAAGCCGCUAUUCCUAAUAAAUUCCUUUUCCGUGAAGCUAUGUGACGCUGGUGUGCUCUCAUUCUGUGCCGUUCUUACUCCCUCACCCCAACAAAACAGUAAUAAACAGUAAUCGGCUUAAGUUGACAAAACCUAAACCAUGGGAUAUUUUCUUAUGCUAUCUUUUUUCUAUGGUUUAACGUUAUGAAGACGAAGCAAAACUGGAACUAAUGUUCAGGUUUCAUUGCAGUAGGUAUGCUACAGCGAGUCAAAAAUGCCCGGUGAAACGUUUAGUGGCUAGCCUCAGCAAACCAACUCAGAAUUAUUGCCUUCUAAUUAGAAAUUAACGAAACGUUCAUUCCUGUUCAUUUGUAAAUAAAUAAUAAUUGUUGUAGACUACAAUCAUGGACUAAUUCUAAAGUUAUAGAAGAAACAAUUCCUUGCGAGAAAUGCUGUCACUUCACGCUGUAGAUACUUGUAACCAAAAUUCUGCCUGCUUAUUUACGCAUGUGAAAUUAACAACUCCUUUUUCUGGCUGAUUGCAAUAAACAUUUGAAACAUUAUUUUUGAAAUUCGCCCUUGAUUCAGAAAUUUUGUGGAACUUUUCCAUAAUAAUACGAAGCAAAUGAAAAUGGAAAUUGAUAAAUAAAACAUUACCGAUAUGUGAAUUUUCACUAAAUUCUCCGUCUUAUAGCUCAUUUUAUUUUUCAUCAAUAUUAUUCUUGAAUCGUCAAUGCCAACCCUAGAUACUACAAAUUCGUCGUGAUUCAGUCCUUUCCCAUCCCAACUAAAACCCGAGAUGUAUUAAAAAAUCAUUACCCCUUCUACAUGUACAUAUAGAAGAUUCCAAAAAUGUUGCUUCUCUUAUCACAUUAUAUUGUUCCUUCGUUAAGUACUGUAGGUUGUGUAGAUUUUGUUGCAAUUGUUCAUAGAGCAAUAUCAUCCCGAAUGUGUUCAAAAGCAUAUUUCAUUAUAUAAUAGUUAUAAAAUAGAGUACAAAGUUAGUUUUUUGUUAAACCUAACAAUAAUUUACCACAAACUAGAGACACAAAUUGAUUAAUUAUCGUCAACUUCAUGUGAUUAAUGUCAUUACUGUUAUGGUAUUAUCUCUUCGAAUCGAAUAAUGUAUUCUACUAUCAAUAUCUAGGCCUAAUUGAUUGGAAAAUAGACUUUGUAUUCUAGUUUCAGUAAUUCCGUUUCCUUGAGAUAGCAUUUCUCAUGCAGGAAUUAGAUGAAUGCUUUGUUCGUGCUCAAUAGAAAUGAAAUUAGCAGAUGCAAUGAGAGCUGUUCCUCUUGACAAGCACAUUAAUAUUUUUCGUUGAAGCCUUCACUGAACAAAUGAUUGGUUAUUAAGUAUCGUGUGACCUCAUUUGUAUGAAUAUAUAGGUACCGUGCAUUCAUUAAUAUGCUGUAGAAUGUUAAAUUUUUGUGUGUCCUUGAAAUGGUGUAUGUUAUGUAAAUUGUAUAUUUGAGGAAACUUGAAACUUUAUUAUCUUAAUUCUCAAUUCUUCAAUAAUUAAUUAUAGGUAAAUUGCAAAUACAGUAUUAUGAUAAUCAGUUUUUUGUGUUUCAAGACUUCUAAUCGCUGUCAUAACAUGGUAUUGUAGGAUUGAUUUGACAUCUUGAUGUUGACUAUUGUUAAUAUUGAAUUUCAUGAUUCAAUGAAGCUGUUAUUCAAUUCUCUCACUUCAAUUCCAAUAAUUAUCACAUUCAAGAAUGAGGUGUAUAGGUUACUCAGAAACAGUGUCAGAAAAGGGGAGAAUGAAGUUUGUAUUCGUCUCACUGAAGGUACCAUAAUGAAGUUGAAAAUAUUGUUGAAUAUAAAUUAAAUCAUUCAAAGUUUAUAGUUGAAACAUUUGUUCUACGCAAUAAUAAUGUUAUUCAUGAUACGUAAGAACAAUCAAGUUGUUAAUUUUGUUACGUACUUGAAACAAUAUUGUUACCUAUUUAAUGUUCUUGAAAAGUUUCUCUUUAUCUUGAAAAUGUUGAUGACAAAUAAUAAUAUUGAUUGUUACAAUUUCUGUUAUUGCUUUUGAAUCCUACCUCAUGUCGUUGAUGAUAUUUAUUUGUACUAAAAAGUGAAUUUUAUUUAAAUUCACCUUCAAUGUAACAUUGAUCACAAUUAUUUCAAUCUCAUUCCAAAAAUUUGCACUCUAUUAUUUGUUCGCUUCUGGUACCUACUUGAAAAAUUAAUUGCAAUAAUGUACAAAUUUUGAUUGAUCUUGAUGUUAUUUCUCAGUCGAGACUCAUAUUGAUAAUUUUUUUCUCAUAUUAAUCGGAGAAAAAUAGUCUUGGAUGAGACUUGAUUUCCUGAUAUCAAUCAGAAAUUUUAAUGUUUGUGAAUUAUUAAAUCAGAUUCCUUGUAAAUAAUCUGAAAAGUUGAUACCAUUUUUAGAUUUCUUUUUCUGAAGGCCAACACGCAUAAUGCUAACUUGGUUGUUGAAUGAAUUUAAAGAAAUGUGGCUUGAAAGAAGAGUGAAUUCUUUUUUCAAUAACGAUGUUAAAUAUUUGAUCUGUUUUGUAAUAUUUUAAUUGUAAAUAUGUAACUAUUUAUAAAUAUAGAUUGAUCAAGUAUAACUAAUGUAAUCAGUUUCAAAAGAUAAAUUUAGUGAUAGGUUAAUGGACAACUGCUGGGAACGAAUAAAUUGAAGGCUUCUGAAAAUAGUGUCGAAUAUGCUUUGUUCUCUUAAAUGUUGUUGGAACUAUCUUUGUUUACUAAAGGAUCUUCUCUUCUAUAACAAGGCUUUUCUCUUGCUUCUUCUUUACCAACAUGAUUCAAUAGAUGUGUCAAAUAUACAGAUACAUGUAGAUUCUACGUAUUCAAUUGCGAAUUAUAAUAAUUAAUUCCUCUCAUGAAUUAUAGAAGUGAAACACUUUGAUAAAAUUCCAAUUUCAAUUUGCUAAACUUAAUCAUUUUACACUUGGCUCCUAUUCAUUCUCUAUUCUAAAUAUUAAAUUCUAAUUAUUGAUAAAAAGUUCUAAAUACGAUAAACUUCUUGUUGAUAAUCUACUUACCUGAUGGCAUUUAAUAAGUUGAUUUAUCUGGCUUGAUUAUCAACUUGAAUUAUCUGAUUUUGCAUAUUUUUUCAUGAAUAAUAUUUUGUUAAGUUUCUAAACUUUUUUCUAAAAAUUGCACAUAAAUAACAAAUGAAGUAGAUCAUGAUUCAGAUUUUGACCUGUGCCUUUCAUAUAUGAAUAAUGUGUGUCCUCUGUAUUGCCGGCUAAAAUUACAUUGUAAAUUCCCGAUGAUGGAAAAUGUUGAUAUAUUUGUCAGUUAGGUAACCAGAAAGUUCAAUCUCCAACCAAUUAAUUUAUAAAGUUCACUGAUGCAGAAAAGCAAAUUUUAAAAAAAUAAAAAAUCAUUCCUUAUAGAUCAAUUUAUUGGGGUACGUCUUACCAUGAAUCAAUUUUAUGGUGGAAACUUUCUUUGAUUAUGACGAUAAAUGUUGAAUCAGCUUUAAUAUGUGUGAAACUAUAUUUUAUUGUUUCGAGCUCAAACACUUGAUUAUAAUAAGAAAAUAAAAACGCAAAUAGAAUACUAUUUUGAAAAUGUAAUCAAUAAAAAAAGUAUUUAGAUCUUUCAGAUAUGUCUAACAUAAUUGAUUAAUAAUGAUAAACUCUGAAAGACUCGAGGUUCAAAGGAUAAUAAUAUGAAAUAACAUUUAGGGCUAGUAAAUUAACUUCCUUACACUAAUUAGGAUUUAACAUCAAAUUGAGAUGUUCAAUAAUGUAUUGAAUAUCACUUCCCCAGCACAAGUUUAACCUUUUUCUUCAUUCUCAAUUUGGAUUCACAAUUAUAGUUUUAAAUAUCUUUGAAAUUAGGUUUAAACUAUUUAAAAUUUGCACAAAGAGUUUUCAUGUUUAAAUAAUUAUUUUAUAGAGAAUGCUCUUAUAUUGUUCUUUUUCUAUCACCUUCUUGUCAGAGAGAAUUAUUGAACCUUCAAAUCGAAUUAUUGUCAUCAACCAUUGCCUCACAUCUGACAAUAUUCAUACAUCUGUAUUAUUUGACAAUAAUAGUAUCACGAUUACUUCAAUAAACAAAGUUUCAAUCAUUGGAAUUAGAAAUUUCCAAGUAAAAAUAAUUUUUCCAGUAUUAGAACUACUUAAUGAAAUUUACUGUAAGAAGCCUUGUACUAAUGUAAAUCUUUAUAGAAACUUUGGCUGUUAUAGGCUUUAGCUGGCCAUGUGGAAGUAAUCUACAAUUGAAAAGUUCUCAAAACUGUUACAUAGCCUCCAUGUAAUCCAAGCUUCUUGCUCUGUAGCUAUCAAUAACAACUGCUACCCAAUGUAUAUCAUUAUUAAUGCUAAUGUAAAUAUAGAAACUAUAAAAGUUAUUAGCUGAAAAUCAUAUCGGUUCUGUUAGUGAUGAGAGCAAUAGUGAUGAAUAUCAUAUUUCGUACUAUAAUGGAAUCACUGCAUAUAUUUGGAAUGAAUUCAUCUAGAAAAUUUGGCUGAUUUGUUUCAAAUGUCAACAAGCGAAAUCUCACAUUCUUAGAAAUUUGUAGCUGUGGAGAAAUUUAAUAAAGAAUAUUCCUAAAGAAAUGCAAUUUUCUAUUUUCUAAGAAUUCAUGUAAAUCAUUUGGUUGCUAUUAAUAAUUUAUUUCAAGUCUGAAGUAACUUAUUGAAGUGGAAAAAGAUUUGAAUAUUUAUUUAAUUAUCUCUUUCAUCUUCAGUCUUCAGUGGUAGUUUGAAUCUUGGAUGUGUAGUAAAUCUUUCAUAACAGUAGAUUCUAUCUACAUGUAGAAAUUUUAAUGUAAAAAUUCAUAUUGUAUCGAUUAACCCAACUGAAACGGAAACUUUUUCUUUCUCUGGAUCAUUCUUUAGCAUAUAGCUGAAUCUAUAUUGCAAGGAAUUAUUGGUUUUUUCUAUUAUGCAAAUAGUAUUGAAAAAUUAAUUGAUAGAUCUCUGUCAUCUUAGGCUACUUAGAUGAUUUUAUAUUCUAAUCAGCCAACUUUUGUUGUGAGUGAAUUCCAGGUGUGAACAUAGAAAACUAUUGUUAGAUUUCCAUUCAAACUAUAUUCAUAGAGAAGAAUGUUGAAAAGGUUUCUAAAUUUGUACGAAUCUUGAAAUGUACAUAAUAUAACUAUUUAUAAUUUAUUUGUAACUUGUAAACAAAACCUUUCUGAAGAACCUAGAUUUUGAUUGUAAUGUAUAAAAAGUAAUUGAACUGCUAUACCAGUAAAUGUAAAAUUAGAAACAAAUUAUGUGUAUAAAAAUAAAAUAGGCUCAAGUUA